GCUGCCAUGGGCUCCGUGGGCAGCCAGCGCCUCAAGGAGCCCAGCGUGGCGGGCACGCCGGACAGGGCCGUGGUGACCAGCUUCGGCUUCGACGGCUGCCAGCUGGAGGAGGAGGUGGCCGUGCGGACAGCUGGGGGCCAGGACGGCGGGCCCGGGGGCGCCCCGGUUUUCACGGACUCUGCGGUAGGGGAGCCCGUGCCCGACGACCGCUACCACGCCAUCUACUUUGCGAUGCUGCUGGCCGGCGUGGGCUUCCUGCUGCCCUACAACAGCUUCAUCACCGACGUGGAUUACCUGCACCACAAGUACCCAGGGACCUCCAUCGUGUUCGACAUGAGCCUCACCUACAUCCUGGUGGCGCUGGUGGCCGUGCUCCUGAACAACGUGCUGGUGGAGAGACUGAGCCUUCACACCAGGAUUACCGCGGGCUACCUCUUGGCCUUGGGCCCCCUCCUCUUUAUCAGCAUCUGUGACGUGUGGCUGCAGCUCUUCUCUCACGACCAGGCUUACGCCAUCAACCUGGCCGCUGUGGGCACCGUGGCCUUAGGCUGCACAGUGCAGCAAUCCAGCUUCUAUGGCUACACGGGGAUGCUGCCCAAGAGGUACACGCAGGGCGUGAUGACCGGGGAGAGCACGGCGGGCGUCAUGGUGUCCCUGAGCCGCAUCCUCACCAAGCUGCUGCUGCCGGACGAGCGGGCCAGCACGCUCAUCUUCUUCCUGGUGUCCGCGGGCCUGGAGCUGCUCUGCUUCCUGCUGCACCUGCUGGUGCGGCGUAGCCGCUUCGUGCUCUACCACACGGCGCGGCCCCGCGACAGCCGCCCCGGCUGCAGGGCCGGCUACCGGGUGCACCACGACGUCGCGGCGGGGGACGUCCACUUCGAGCACCAAGGCCCAGGCCUGGCCAACAGCGGGUCCCCGAAGGACAGCCCGGCCCACGAGGUGACCAGCCACGGCGGGGGGGCCUACACGCGCUUCGAUGUGCCUCAGCAGGGAGUCGCGCGCAGCUGGCCCUCCUUCAGAGCCCUGCUGCUGCACCGCUACGCCGUGGCCCGCGCCAUCUGGGCCGACAUGCUGUCCAUCGCCGUCACCUACUUCAUCACGCUGUGCCUGUUCCCGGGUCUCGAGUCCGAGGUCCGCCACUGCGUCUUGGGCGAGUGGCUGCCCAUCCUCAUCAUGGCCGUGUUCAACCUCUCCGACUUCGUGGGCAAGAUCCUGGCAGCUCUGCCCGUGGACUGGAGGGGCACCCACCUGCUGGCCUGCUCCUGCCUGCGUGUGGUCUUCAUCCCCCUCUUCAUCCUGUGCGUCUACCCCAGCGGCACGCCCGCCCUGCGCCACCCAGCCUGGCCCUGCGUCUUCUCUCUGCUCAUGGGCAUCAGCAACGGCUACUUUGGCAGCGUGCCCAUGAUCCUGGCGGCGGGCAAAGUGAGCCCCAAGCAGCGGGAGCUGGCGGGGAACACCAUGACCGUGUCCUACAUGACGGGGCUGACGCUGGGCUCCGCCGUGGCCUACUGCACCUACAGCCUCACCCGGGACGCCUACAGUACUUGCUUCCGCCCCUCCGCCAACACCUCCGCCCCCGCCGGCCUCUGAGCCGGGCCCGGGCCCCCCGCCCCACUCUGGCCUGGACUAGGGGCCCCGAGGCCCGAGGCCCCCUCCCCGCCCCUGCCUGCAGUGCCUGCGGGGCCCCGGCCUCCC